AAAGAUUUACCAUUUGACCCGAUCGUGCAUAACUGGGUGGACAUAACUCAAGAGUUCUUCGAGGCGAUUACAGAUGGAGAAAAAGGAAACAGAAAUAAGCGAAGCGAUGAAAGGAGAAAAAGAAACUUAAGAAAAAAGGAGCAGAUGUUAGCCGAUCUUUAAAUGAAAGAGAUUGGGAGCAAAAAGAAGAGUUUGUGUAUUAUUAGAUUAUAGAAUAUAUACAAGAGUUGGAACUGGGAGAACUGUUACAUGAUGAGCUGUUUGGGUUAUUUGAAGCCAUGUCUGCUAUCGAGAUGAUGGAUCCAAAAAUGGAUGCUGGUAUGUUGUGCAAUCGGGGUAACAACAAGCCUUGUACUUUUACCCAGGCAGUCGAUUCAGGUGCAAUCAAAUUGGACAGCUUUACAUCUGCCGAAAUUAUAGGAAUAAUAGAUUCCACAUACGCGUGUAUAGUAUCUUGGUUGGAAGGUCACAGUCUUGCACAAACCGUUUUCACGAACUUGUAUUUGCAUCAACCUGAACAAAUACUAGAUAAACCUUUGAAGACCUUCUGUUAUGCAGUGUAUAAGAUAAUAGAUAUAAUUAAGGAUUGCAUCAAUAAAGCUUUAGUAUUCGAAGAGGAGGAUUUUCAGAGCGUUACAUAUGGCUAUAGAUUACAGCAAGAUAUUACGGAACAAAAAACAAUAUCGAUGUUGCGGGAAGUUGAAGAAGAACUUCAUCGAAAAAGUCGAAUAAAACUCGUCGAUGUUGAAUCUGAGAAAGAGUAUAACGAUGGAAUAGCACUUUACGCGAGGAUCCGAUUUACGAAAAUGUUCUAUCAAGUAUUAACAUUGAUGGGCCGGAAGCAGCAAUUGCAACAGAAUUUAAAUGAUUGUCAGAGAUUGUUAUCGAAUUGUUCUGAUAUGCUUAAUAUUAUGAUUUCAACAGUAGUUCGCGGAGAAAAGGCUGAUGAAGUUUCUAAUCAUCCAAAUAUUAUGGGAUUUGAUCCGAUGGUAAACCAAAGAUUGUUGCCACCGACGUUCCCUCGAUACACCAAAAUUAAGCCAAGAAUAGAUGCCUUAGAAUAUUUAGUCGAAUUAAUAAAUAGAUUUAAAAUGGUUACCAAAAUCACAAAUCAUGUCGGAUUUCACGCGGCCUUGGACUUUUUUUUAGAAUUUUCGCGUCAUAGUCCGUGUAUAUUGUCCAGAUCUAUGUUACAAAUUGUUUACUUGCCUACCACUAAUCGCGUAUUCGGUGUGCACAAUUUUGCUGACGUAUUGAGAGACGCGGCACGAAAUUUUAUUGCGCCACCCGUGUUACUGUCAAAAAGUACAUUGCUUCAGAAUCACCAAGCUAAGGAGUACGUCGAUAGCUUUCUCUCGCAUUGUGUCAGCUUAUUCGGAAACCUGUUGCAGCUUAGUGGACAUAAUAGGGCAAGACAAAGAGAUAAAUUGGCGCAUUUAUUAGAAGACUUUGCGACAUUACAAGAUGAAGCAGAGAGAGUUGAUGGCUAUUUACACACUCUAUCUUUAAAAAGUGAUACGCCGAGGCCUCACUUGGCUUGCUUUGGUACCUGGAUUUUAUAUCACACACUGCGUGUUAUGGUCAUGUAUUUGUUAAGUGGUUUCGAACUCGAGUUAUAUUCCGUUCACGAAUACCAUUAUAUCUUUUGGUAUUUAUAUGAAUUUCUGUAUGGCUGGCUCGUAUCUGCAAUUACACGAGCUGAUACGUUCUUAAUGGAACAGGAUUCACAUAAUGAUACUCAUAAGGGCAGAAACAAAAAGAGCUCUAAGAAUAAAAAGAAGAAAUCGACACCAAGACCAUACAAUUUGGAGAUAUUGAUGUAUCAGGCUUUGCAAAAUAUAUGUGGCGGAUAUUAUAAAGCUCUAGUCGGUUUUCGCAUGGAUGAAAAAAUACCGCUUCCAGAGAUACAAUUUGAUUCCGAGCGAGUGAGAUAUGAGCAUAGAUUAUUGCCAUUUUCGUCUUUAUUAACGCCACCACCUGUUCACUAUCAAGAAUUUCUAGAUAUGACAAAUGCUCAAAUGCAUAAAAGAAAUGAAAAAGUUACCAGUGAAAUGCAAUAUGUUGCCGGUUGUCGACAUUUUCAUCAGGCUAGAAAUAUGUUGGAACGUGCAUUGUUGCUUUAUCCAUCAAAUAGUUUAAUAGAAAAUGAAAUAAAUAAUCUAUUGAAAGUAGCAAAAACGAAUUUUGUAGUGCUGAAGCUAUUAGCUGACGGACACAAAAAAGAUUCGAGGGAGUCACCGAUUUUCGAUUUUUCUUGUCAUCGGCAUUUUCCUCUGAUUAAAAUUACUUAAAUCAUGUUUGUCAAUUUUUGUCACAAUAUAAGAACUAUUUAUUUUAAUUUCACUAAAAUAUGGAAAAAUAUCUUUAAUUUGAUAUGUUUCAUUUCAAAUUUUUUUUAAUGAUCUUUUUGUUUCUUUCCAUUAUUUGAACAUAAUUGUAAAUCUUAAAUGCAUUUGACAUACUGUUUUGUGUAAUUUUGUUGUUGGAAGGAAAUAUUUAUACAC